AUGACGGAUAAGCGAGAACUCAAAUCGCAGACUCGGUUGCGGAGGCCAAAAGUGGUCUCCGCCGCGGACGAGUCGAUGUGCGACAACAGAAAGCCGCCGUCGAUGAAGUGGCGAAAGUGA